AUGGAUGAUCCUCUUCCCAUUCCCGGAACGGUCCAGCAGGUGGAUGUAGACCACACCUUGCGGCUGAGACACAAUAAAGAGCAAGAAGAUAUCGUCCUGAUUCCUCUCCCAAGCUCUCAUCCUGAUGACCCUCUCAAUUGGUCCCGCUACCGCAAAUUUCUAAGCAGCGCCUGCCAAAUGGCCUGGUGUUUCUUCGCCGCUGCUCUCAUUAGUGGUCUGUCAUCCUCUUAUCUCCUGAUCUCGGAAGACACAGGUAUUUCUGUGGCAGAUCUCAGCACAGGGAAUGGCCUCCUGUAUCUCUUCAUGGGAUGGGGCACCUUGUUGACUCAGAACCUUGCGCAGGACUUUGGUCGUCGGCCGGUCCUGUUGGUUGGCAUGCUGGGCUCAUCGCUGUUGCAGAUCUGGUCUGCGUAUAUGAAGUCGGAAGCCUUGAUCGAGCUCUGCAUUGCGGAUAUCCACUUUGCCCAUGACCGAGGCUUCCACAUGGGUAUUUAUAACUGGACUUUGUGGUGCGGUGCAUUCAUGUCGCCUAUUGCUGGUGGCUUUGUUGCUGAGAGGUUCGGUUGGAGAUGGAUUCAAUACAUCCUGGCCAUUAUUUGUCUCUGCUUCACCGUUGUAACAUUCUUCGGCUUUGAAGAGACGAUGUUCUUCCGCCAAGUUAAUAUUCAGGAACCGAUGUUUUCAUCCCCCAAGAACAUCAGCGAUCUGGAGGGCUCCAUUGAUACCGAUCGCAAAAGAGUCUCCGAAUCCAAAGAGCCAGAGUGUCCCGACAUCACCCCUGUCGUCAUGGAAGAGACUUACGAGAUUAAAACAUACACCCAGAAGCUGAAAAUGUGGGGAUUAAGACACCCUUCUCAGCCCUUCAAUUUCUUCCGGUCCACUCUUCUUUCCUUCCGUCUUUUAUUCUUCCCCACGAACAUAUUUUCCGGCCUUCUCGUGGGAAGUAUUCUCGCAUGGUACAAUGUUCUAGGGGGGUCCUUAGCGGAAGUUCUAGGCGGUGCCCCUUAUAAUUUCACCACGGAGCAGAUUGGUCUUACCUACUUUGCCAGUGUGAUAGGAGUCUCGAUUGGAUGCUAUUUCAGCGGCUGGCUGAGUGAUAUCCUUGCAAUCAAGCUGGCCAGAGGAAGAAAAGGUAUCAAGGAGCCUGAAGACCGUCUCUGGAUGUUCUUGAUUGCCCUCGUCGCUCAUCCUCUGGGGUGCAUUCUUUAUGGUGUUGGAGCAAGCCACCACAUUCCAUGGAUCGGAGUCGUCAUCGGAAUGGCCUUCAUCUGUAUCACUCUACCGAUGGGAUCUGGCCUAGCCAUUACCUACAUUAUUGACAGUCAAAAGGAGCUGGCCGGAGAGUCAAUUGUGACUGUUAUUUUGAUCCGUAAUACAAUUGGUUUCGCUUUUGCAUACGCGGUCAAUCCCAUGAUAACGAACAUGGGACUGCAAAAUACCUUUAUUCUGAUAGCAGUGUUGGGAAUGGUUUUCUGGAGUGGUUGUUUGCUAUGGAUCAGAAUUGGAAAGUCGGCUCGGAGAUCCAUUGCUAAAUCCUACUGGAAUCUAGUUGAGACCCACGGACUUGCUGCCCACUAA